AUGAUCGAGGAAAUCGGAUUUAUCUUGAUGGAGAAAAUACCCGGCAACCAGCUAGGUAAAAUUUGGUCAAAAUUAUCCCGAAUGCUAAAGGAGCCCCUCGUACAGGAGCUACGAGACUAUGUACAGCAAUGGCGCCAGAUCAAGGGACCAUUUUUCGGGACGGUCGAUAACGGCCCAUGCCAGGAGAUCAUUUUCCAGCACCCCUGGCAUAACAAAUUCUACGAAUAG